AUGGGCGCGUUGCCACGAAUGCGGAUACUGGGAGCUAGCUUAUUUUGCUGGUCAUCAAUUUGCGUGACCAGCCUUGUUUGCUACACGGCGUUCCCGGACAGGUCUGUGCUUCCAAACAUGAUUCUGGCAAUGGGCGUGGGGACAAUCUUGAUGGGGGUCAUCAUCCGUGUGCUCCUCAGCGACAGAUGGAAGCGUGCUUCGGAGCACGUGCAGGAACACAUCUGGGCCUCCAUAUCUGUCGGUAAGAUGGAGGGGGGUGCCCAGCCCAAGUUUCAUCGUAUUCAGAUGCGGACAUCGCAAACCUCCAAGGGGACAAGGUCAGUCACAACGGUGCUGGAGGCAAUCGAUGUAUUGUGGCAGUCGCCUGGCAAGCAGCAGACUUGUGUCUGCUGUCUGGAGGAUUUCAAGUCAGAAGACCUCGUGACGUUACUACCAUGUGGACAUUUCUUUCACGAGAGCUGUCAUGCUGAUUGGCUGAAUCUGAAGAGAUCGGCCAAUGCAUGCCCAAUCUGCCGUGACAGUUGGGCGAAUGUGUGA